GUCACAUCCGACACUUAACUACCUCCCUCCCUCCUCCCUCCAUAAAUGACAAACAUGGCGGCUGCCAUGGAGCUGAAAUGCUGGGGAGGAGACUGGGGUCUGCCUUCUGUGCACACAGACUCCCUCAUAGUUCUGGCAUACACCAAGUUCUCUGGGGCCAAAGUUACUGUUUCUCCUAUAGACUGGACUUGGAAAACUCUAACAGCAACAGUUCCAGAGCUUCUCUGUGGAGACUCCACUGUGCAAGAACCCACACAAAUCCUUAACUUCCUGAGGAAGCAAAGGUUCAAUGCAGACUAUGAGCUGACAGCCAGACAAGGAGCAGACACCAUGGCAUAUAUCGCUCUGCUUGAAGAGAAACUACGGCCAGCUCUGUUGCACACAUUCUGGGUUGAUGCAGAAAACUAUGCCAGUCUGACACGGCCAUGGUUCGCCUCACGUUCACCGUUUCCUCUCAACCUUCUUGUUCCUUGUUGCCAUGCAAAAAAUGCCCUGUCCCGCAUCCUGUUAAUGAAAGGAGAAGCACCACUACACAGAAUCUCUGAGGUGGAGGUAAAGAUUUACAGCGAUGCUAAGGAGUGUCUUAAUCUCCUUUCCUACAGACUGGGAACAGAAAACUUCUUCUUUGGCAACAUGCCGACCAGCUUGGACGCCUUUGUGUUUGGUUUCCUGGCUCCUCUCUGUAAAGCCAGUCUUCCCAGCAGCCCUCUCCAGAGCCACCUCAGACAGCUGGAGAACCUCACACACUUCUGUGACACUGUCCUGGCCGCUUAUUUCAGCUCUGAUCACCCCUGUCCUCCCCCUCCCAUUGAGGAAACAAAGGAUGCAAACCUGCAGAAACUAACUCAGCUUGUAAAUAAAGAGUCCAACCUAAUAGAGAAGAUGGAUGACAAUCUUCGCAGCAGCCCCCAGCACAAACCCCACAGACCAGAUCCUAAACCCAGUCUGAUCACUGAGAAGAGCUCGACCCCAGCCUAACCCCACAAAAGCAGGAUGGACAAAAGGUGCUUUUCUGACCCUGACUCAACAUCUUGAAACAAAAUAGAAAAAAAGAAAAAUAAUAAUCAGGACCACAUGUUAAUAAAAACUAUUUUUGAAGCAUGAUAAUAAUGAUAUAUUUCAAAGCUGUGUGACGUCUGAAAGAUGGAAAAGCGCUUGUGUGAGGUCUUUAAAGAGGUUGAGCUCAUGUUUGUGGUGAAGAUGGAAUGCUGUGAAGUGGUGCUGAAUGAGUAAGACAUGGAGAGUUCAAAGCAAAGCGGAGCUGGUGUUAAAGUCCUACAGAGAAUAUGUUAGGGUAUUUUAAUUUUAAAGUUAAAUUGACCUUAGUAAAAAAAAAAAGGAAAGAGCAUCAAGGCCACAUUAAGGAUAACAAAAUGAGUAAUUACAAGAUUAAAUAAAGUAAGUAUAUGAGAAUAAAGAGAUGAUAAAAAAGAAAGAAGUUGCAUGCUUACGACUGUAUUCUCCUGGAUGUACAACUUUAUUCUCGUAAUUUGAGAAUAGAUUUUUUUUAUCCUCAUUGUGGCUAACACUGUUGUAUAAGAGCACCUUAAUAACUAAAAUAGUAAAGCAACAUGCUUCAUGACUCCUUAGCCCCUGUUUGUGUGUGCAUUUACCCAAACAUAGCACUUUAGAGUUGUUGGUCAAUGCAUCUAUUGACAAUACAUUUUGGUUAAUAAUUCAGAAACAAUUUGAUAACAAUGACGUUUGUCUAAUCACUACAAAAUAAGUUUGCUUUAAACAAGUUUCCUUUAAUCAGAAUGUCAAACGUAAGGACACAGAUAAUUUAUGUCUUUGGUUUAAUAAUUCAAAUAACACAUUCACACAUGAUCUCAAGGUUAUGAGGCACACAGGUCUGCAUCCUUUAGAAUAUUAAUAAUAUUACUGACCAAAGUACUAUUCAGCUAGUGGAACAAAUAAUUGUCUGAUUAAUGAACAACUGUUUUCUGUGCAUUAAGUAAAUAUAUUUAUACUCACUGUAUGCAGUCACAACCUCCAGAAUAACCGUUGGCUUGCACAGCUGCAAAUACUGUUUAAGAUUCAAAAUAUGGCAAUUUACCUGCAGAAUACUGUAAAAAAUGCUUUGACAGGACAGGGAAAAUGGGACUAUUAGGUGUGUGUGUGUGUGUGUGUGUGUGUGUGUGUGUAUGUGAGUGAGAGUGAGAGAGAGUCUGAGUGUAAGAGUGAGAUUGAGAUUGAUAAUAAGAUUGAAGGAAAGAGAGAAUGGGUGAACUUUCACCAAACGACUGUCUUUCAAUCAUUUUCUUCUUGAGAUAAAUGAACACUAGCUAUGUUGCUCAGUAGCAAAACAAAGUGAAAGAGUUGACUUUUGUAAAGAUGUUUUGUAAAGAGGUUUAAAAUUGAAUUCCUAUAAAUAACUGCUAAAGUGUUUUCAUUGCUUUAAAAAGAAUAAUUUAAGUUUGAGUUUGAUUUUGCCAGUGACGUCAUUGUAGUUGACUCGUUGUUGUUUUCCGUGUCGUGUUUUCUCUAGUUGUUGUUUCUCUGUGCCAAUACCUGUGUAACUUAACAUUGUUGUUAGCGUGCACGUUUUCGCCUUUCCUCUUUUUUUCAUAAUUGACAACUUUUUCCAUUCCUUCAGUUUGGAGCUGGUCUUGGUAGUUGCCUUAUUUUUCCUCCUUUGUUGAAGUUUGUGGGACAGUAGUAGGAAAUACCUUAUCUUUGUCUUUUCUUUAUUUCUAUCAACUGAUAAUGCGAUCCCUUAACCAGAUUGAUUUUAUGAAG